AUGGAAAACAACAGGAACACCGGAAACGCCGGAGCCCCACCGCAAGAAAUGCCGACGUGGUUCGUUCGUUGGUUAAACUCCCAACAACCAAGGAAUGUGCCAAACUUCGCGGCGCCAUCGACGUCGACAGCGGUUCAAAGACCGCAAGCCAUCCUUCAGGUACGUCCAAGUACCAGCGCCGCCGCUGAUGUCGAUGGUUGGCAAGUCACUCCACUACCUAGCGACGGGACGACUUCGCCAGAACCCGACCCGGAAAUUCCGGUAGCUCCGGAACCAGCCCCUCUUGCGAGCCCUCUUGUGCAAGAGCCGGGAAGUUCGACCACAUCAGCGACUUCGGGAGCAGUGAUGGCCUCACCACCUAUGCCAAUCACAACAGACAAUGUGGCCGCAAUUUCCGGAGUACUCCGGAGCUUGCUGGAUCGCCCACUUCCAGCUCCUGAACGACCAUCUUUCGAAGGCCUGAAAAGGCAAAAUCCGGUGAAAUUCUUACGAGCCAUUGAAGAAUAUGGACGUUUUUUCGGGCUCGACUCGCAGCGUCUUUUGGGAGUCGCCAUGGAUUGCUUGAAAGGCAAUGCCAAACAUUGGACGGGAAUAUUCCAGAAGAAGUGGCGUGGUUACGAGGACUUUCGACGGGACUUUCUCCGGACCUACUGGUCGGCCAAGCGUCAACGGGACAUCAGAUUUCAAAUCGCUACAGGCCGCUAUGACGAAACCAGGGGCACGAUGCUGUCGCAUUUUGCUUAUUACGUCGACAUGGCGAACAUGUUAACAACACCUUUAUCGGAGGAAGUGUUGCUGGAUGAAUUACUGCGUCACUUCCCCGAAAGAAUACAGUCGUUGUGGGUAUUAGAGAAAAUCUGUACCACCACGGAUGCCGCCGAAUUCCUGGCAGCUCAAGAAAUUCCGGGACAAAAUCCGGGAGAGAAAACCAACAUCGCUCCCAGGGAACGACCCCGCGCAACAGACCACCAGCGGCGUAACGAGCCAAAGCGCCCGGGGCCAAACAUUGACCGCCACGAAGUAACUCGUCCUGCGGCUCCUGCAAAUCGUGGAAAUGGUUUCCCAAAACGCUCAAGUGACGAACAACAAUGGCGCAACAACCAACCCAGCACCAACAACAACCGUUGGCACAAUAACAACGGAAACAACAGCAACAAUCACUGGCGCAAAAACAACCCCAACGACAACCGCAACAACACAAGUUCGAGAGCGCAGGGUGAAACAUCACGAAACUCCAAGAAUUCGGGAAACGGGGGCGGAGUACAGGACGGGGCCUAA